CUUAGUGGCUGCAGAUGAAGUUUCUGGUCACACUGCACGGUGCGACUUUCAGGAAUUCAUAAUAACCGUCCAGAUUUUCUAACUUCCCUCUGACAUGUUGCGAUGUUCCGUGCAGCCUUUCAAAACGUGGACUUGUUUUGGGUAAUUUUGCUGUGUUUUGUUCUUCUACCGGAGGCUGGCGGUAGAUCAGCCGAUGCAGACAGCUGUCAUGAGGUGAAGACAGCCUACAUGAUGCGCCAAAUAGGCCCGGUGGAGCUGGUGCCAGACAGACCGGAACCAGAUGAGUCUCUCCGAGUGUGUGUCCACCCUGGGCCCAGCUGCUGUACCAGUAAGAUGGAGGACAGCUACAUGGCAGCUGUUCGCAGUGAAACACAGCAGAAGAUGCGAUCUUACAGUUUCGAACUCAAGUACCUGAUUGCUGGACACAUCAAGGCGUACCAAGAACACUUUGAGAUGCUACUUUCUUUUACAUCCAAUCUGACCAGCACUCUGUUUGACAGUGCCUACUCCGCGCUGGCGUCGGACUGUCGCCCUCUUGUGUUUCAGCUGUUCACUGACAUCAAACGGCACCUUUCUGGAGACUCUAAUUCCUCCUUGGAGAGUGUUGUGCGUCGAUUCUACAAUGACCUCUUCCCACUGGUCUAUCGCCGCCUGCUCAACCCUGGUAUAGGCCAAAUGUCAGUCCGUACCUAUAACUCCCUUUCAACCAGUCACGAUGACUGCUUGCGCAUGACACGGCGGGACGUCAGCCCAUUUGGACCUCAUCCUCGCCUACUCGUCAGCAGCCUGUCACGAGCACUCGGGCCGGGUCGAGCGCUGAGCCGACUGUUGAGACUGGCUGGAGAGGUUGUGAACGCGACCGAGAAGGCGACAUUAUCCAGAGACUGUUUGCGAGGGUUAGUGAGGAUGCAGUAUUGUUCCCACUGCAGAGGACUCACACUGAUACGGCCCUGUACUGGACUGUGUAUCAACAUCAUGAGAGGAUGUCUGGUGGGUGUAUCUGAGCUGGGUGGCCCCUGGGGGAGUCUGGUGGUAUUGCUUCAACGCCUAGCUGCUACUUUAGCAACCAGCAGCAACCACAACAGCAUGGAGUUAGCUCUCUUAGCUGUGAGACACCAUGUAAAUGAUGCCAUACUACAUGCGCAGCUGCAUGGGCCACGCAUCACAGCCACAGUAGAGAAAGUGUGCGGCAGCCAGGCAGCUGGUCCUGUGAUGAUGGGUCCACAGUCAACUACCGUGCACACUACAACAUCAGCAAACUUGGAGAGGUCGCCUGCGACUUUGCCUCCUUCAGUUGGUCCACCAGUUCAUCGACGAUUGCGGCUGCAAUCCCGGAGGUCAUUCCCUCUUAAAGGUAGCAGAGGGGAGAAGAGUGGAAACCUGAAAAAAAUAUCAAGAGAGUUUGAGGGCUCUAUCCAGCGGUACCAGUGGUUUUUCACCGAGUUGCCAGAGAUGCUUUGUGAAAGUGAGAUGGAAGUGGAGCAGCACACAUGCUGGAGCGGCCAAGAUGUCGUAGAGAGUUAUGCAGGUCGUGUGGUUGGCAACACUUUAAAAGCCCAGAGGGAGAAUCCCGAGCUGACUGUGCGCAAUACGGAUCCUGUCCUGAAGGGCGCAAAACAGAGGCUGGAACAGCUAACACAGGAGCUAUUAGUGGAGCUGGGCUGGGCGAGCAAAGUGAGAGGAAGGGUUGAGGAAGAGGAGGGAGGGAGCGCCCACACGGAGGGAGGCAGCGGAGACGACUGUGAUGAUGAAGAUGGCUGUGAAGCAUCUGGUGAGGAGAGCGGGGACGAGCCAGGUGAUGCACCCAGCGGUCGUAGUCCAGAGGGAAAGGACAGGACCCCACCUCGUCGUCGCCCAGUCCUUCCUCAUCUCCUUCCACCUACACAGGUGCCUGUUAAAGGCUCCGCCCACACGAUGACUUUUGAGCCUUUGACCCUGCUCUCUCUGCUGCUCUUUCUGCUGUCACCAUGGGAACCACGCUGAUGAGGAGGAGAAAGAUUUGGGGCUGUACAGUGACAGGAAGUGUUGAAAGACUGUAUUUUUGUGUGUGCGCGUGUGACGCUGAGUACUUUCUGUAAGCACAGCUCAACCGAAAUGAUUGUUAUGUUGUUCUGGGUCACCUAGCUGUUGGUUUAACACAGCUACAGGUGUGCAGUAUGCAAUUUUUUGUAUUACCUGUACUUACCUCUACAUGUGUUCAUUUGUAUUUAACUUUUAUAGAAUAGACCACACAGCACUACUGACUUUUUUUGAAGUGAUAUGUAAAUACAAAUAUAUAUAUUAUAUAUAUUUAUAUAAAGAAUUUCUAAGGAUAACAAAGGAUUGAGUGUAAAUUGAGGUUAUUCUAGAUCAGAGCAGGACAUUAAGGGAUGUUUGGUUUAGUAUUAUCUUUAAAAGAUGUACAGUAUCUUCCACAGACACUAAGACCUGUAGCAAGUAUAGUUCAUGCUGAGGACCUCCCUCAUUAGCGAAGCAGUUUGGUUGGAGGGAACGAAAACUUGUGAAGCCUCAUUAAUGAAGAAGAUACAGGCUGUAAAAGUUCAUCUAGGCACUUUCUUAAAAAAGCAAAACAACCAGCUAUGUGUUACUUCAGACUAUUAACAGAUGGUCUUGCAGUUUAGUGAAGAUCUUCACAGUUUGCUCAGUAAUUGUGCAAACUGAAGCUAGCUUAUAGGUUGUGGAGAAAUUUGUUAUGUUUCUUCUUCAGAUGCACAGUCUCCAAAACCGUAAAAGCACCGUACUAAUGAAUAUAACAGAUGUAAGUAAAACUUGAAAUUCAAUUAUUCAACAGAAGGCUCUGUCAAAACAUAAGAAUAUGAAAAAGCACCCAGGAAAAGAGACAACCAUCUGCCUGAACAAUAAAUAAUGCGAUGUCUCAUUUUCAUAUGCAAACAUGAACUGUCAUGUGCUUUCAAAGGCUGGCUUCUCAUCCAAUUUGUAUUAAUUGAAUUUGCUUUCUCUUUCAGUGAGGUAAUGUUUAAGACAUUUAACAGUACUGUAGGCUUGUCUUUACUAUUCAAGCUUUUUCUACAUCUGAUUUUUGUGAUAUCAGAUUGUCUCCAGUGAGGGGAAAUGAUGGAAUACAGAGAUAGUGAUCAGGGCACAGCUCAGCCGAGAUCCAAACGUGAUGUAAUUAAUAAUUCAUAUUACAAUUAUGACUGAAGAUUGCCGAACCAGUCCGCAUGCAUUUUGUGGAGUUUCCCUCUGAGUGUUAUGUGGGUGGUACUUCGGGAGUAUGGGGUGUCUGGCCUGUUGCUACGAGCCAUUCGAUCCUUAUACAACCAUUGCAAGAACUUGGUCCCCAUAGCCAGGAAUGAGUCGAACUUGUUGCCGAUGGUGUUGGACUCCACCAGGGCUGCCCUUUGUCACCGAUUCAGUUCAUAUCAUUUGCAGAUGAUGUGGUUCUGUUUGCUUCAUCAGCUGGUGGCCUCCUUCUUAAAAUGAGAAUAGUCCUCGGCUGUAAAAGGUUGAAGUGCCCACCCCAUGUCACGAGCGAGAGGAGAGGGGAGCGAGAGAUGGACAGACACACUGGUGCUGCGGCUGCAGUGAUGCAGACGUUGCAUCUGUCCGUGGUGGUGACGAGAGAGCUGAGCGUCCCUACAUCCCUACCCUCACCUAUGGUCAUGAACUUUGGGUAGUGACCGAAAGAACGAGAUUGCGGAUGAUGGCUGGCCUCUCCCUUAGAGAUAGGAGUUUGACCAGAAGGGGCUCAGGGUAGAGCACCUCCUGCUCAAAUGAUGAUCCACAUGAUCCACAUCGAAAGGAGCCAGUUGAGGUUGUUUGGGCAUCAGACAAGAAUACUUCCUGGGUGAGGUGUUCCGGGCAUGUCCCACUGGAAGGAGGCCCCACGACAGACCCAGGACACGGUGGGGAG